ACAUUGUUGCUAUAAAUAUGAUAUGACCCUUUGGAACAGAGUCUACCUAUUCUAGAUGAGGAGGUUGCUUUCUAGGUUCAAGUUUCUAUCAAGAGCAGUGCAUGAGGGUGAGCAUGAGCAUGAGCAUGAUCAUGGGGAGAGAAACAACAAGUACCCUAUGACAGAAGGAGGUUUGUGCACAACAACAUCACUCACAGUUUGGAGAAAAUCCCUUGUGAUUAGUUGUAAAGGAGGAUUCACAGUGAUUGAUUCACAUGGAAAUCUGGUGUAUCGGGUUGACAAUUACAUCUUGCACCCAGAUGAAGUCACUCUCAUGGACGCUUCAGGAAACUCUCUCCUCACCAUGCGUCACCGCCGCAAGAAGCUUGGGUUAGUAGAUAGUUGGUUUGUAUAUGAAGGGGAAACAGGGAAACUGCAUAUAAAGAGGAGCAAGUUAGGCAACUUAAGAAAGAGUCCAGUUUGUUGUGUAAGGAAGCGUGUGAACAUUUUAAAUGGCAAUUCCGGGGUUCAAGCAUGCGUGUACCGUGUAGCACCGGAUUCAGAUGACAAAGGGCACGCGAUGUUUACGGUUGAAGGCUCUUAUGCAGACAGGACGUGUAAGGUGUUGGAUGAGUACAAGAAAACCGUAGCUGAAAUCAAGAGAAAGGAGGCAAAUAGCAAAGAUGUCUCUUUCGGGAUUGAGAUUUUUCAGUUAAUUGUUCAUCCUGGGUUUGAUCCUGCCUUUGCCAUGGGACUCGUUUUGCUACUGGAUCAAAUGUUUUCAUAACACUGAUUUCCAAUGUAGCUUGUGUUCACGGCUUCACGCUAUUCAGCAUUUUGGAAAAAGGAUAUGUUCUGAUAUGAUGGUGUAUGUUUAGAAACUCAAUAGAUUUCCACAUCAGGGGAGAAGUGAUUCUUCUGGAAAGAAAAGUGAUUCUGAAAUAUGUAAAUGCAAAACCAAACAUGUUAAUUACUCACAGCAUCCUAGCUGCAGAUGCCUUAAAAGAUGAAAACUGUUUGUAAUUCAAAUUGUAAUGCAUAAAUACCACGAGCAGUGCAAGGAGCACGUGUUGCAUGAAGAA